UCGUAAUUUCCGCAACGCAUAAUGGGUUUUCAAGUACUUGCACCAGUGGCCCGCACUAAAUCCAUGCUUGUCUGUGUGUGCAGACACAGAGAGAGAAAGAAAGGUGUGCAAACAACGCAUCACGGACAAACGACACCGAAACUGUGAGCGAUAAGAGGUUGAGAGAAAAAGAGAGUAAGGUAGGGGAUUGAUUGAGAGAGUUCUUUCUUACUCUCUUCUCAAGUUCGUCCAAAAACUCCACACGAAGCAGAAGAAAUUCGUGUGCGCAAAGCAAUGCCUGUUAAUCUCAGAAUUCGAUGCUCUUUCUCCUCUUCUCCUCACGGAUUUUGACGUUUCUUUUUCACCUUUCAUUCAUUAUAACAUUCCACUCAGAAACCACCACUCACACACACACUAGCCACAACUGAACCAGACAAAAAAAUAAAAACUUUUUCGCGGCAGGUUUUCAAGCCCAAAGUUGAGUCUACGGCGGGUGAAGACUCAUAUUUUCAGAAGCUGUUGGUUGAGAGGAGAAGAUGGCUACGUGGGAAGCACUUGGGGAGGUUGCGACGGUGGUCCAACUCUCGGGCCUUGAUGCAGGGAAGCUCAUUUCCAUGAUUGUGAAAGCCGCGAACACGGCGCGAAUGCACAAGAAGAAUUGCAGGCAAUUUGCGCUGCAUUUGAAGCUGAUUGGGAAUUUGCUUGAACAGCUAAGGAUCUCGGAGCUGAAGAAGUACCCGGAGACGCGCGAGCCUUUGGAGCAGCUAGAGGAUGCUCUUAGAAGGUCCUAUGUUUUGGUCAACAGUUGCCAGGACCGGAGCUAUCUGUAUUUGUUGGCAAUGGGGUGGAACAUUGUGUACCAAUUCAGGAAGGCUCAGAAUGAGAUUGACAGAUACUUGAAGCUUGUUCCAUUGAUCACUCUUGUGGACAAUGCUAGAGUCAGGGAGAGACUAGAAGAUAUUGAAAGGGAUCAACGAGAAUACACAUUGGAUGAAGAGGACAGAAAGGUGCAGACUGUGAUCCUGAAACCAUCACCAUCACAGCAUGAUGCUAUGGUGUUGAAGAAAACUCUUUCUUGUUCCUAUCCAAACUUGCCUUUUAAUGUGGCACUUCAAAAGGAAAGUGAAAAGCUUCAGCUUGAACUACAACGCUCACAAGCUAACUUGGAUGUGAGUCAAUGUGAAGUAAUUCAACAUUUAUUAGAAGUAACAGAAGUUGCUGCUACUGUUCCAGAGAAGAAAGUGGAGCGGAAUUAUUCAGAUGCCAGUGAUGACAAGGGGAAUUCAUCUGAUGAAGGCUAUCAUAAAAGAAGUGAUAAUCGUACAACUUCAAGAAACACAUCUUCUGUUUCAUCCGGACAUGAUCUGCUGUCAACUAGAGGCUCAUACCGACAUGAAGAAUGGCAUACUGAUCUACUCGGUUGCUGUUCAGAACCUUGCCUGUGUAUCAAGACAUUCUUCUUUCCUUGUGGGACAUUUUCAAAGAUUGCUACUGUAGCAAAUAACAGGCACAUCUCUCCAGCAGAAUCCUGUAAUGAAUUAAUGGCAUAUUCAUUGGUAUUGUCAUGCUGUUGCUAUACUUGCUACAUGAGAAGAAAGCUUCGUAAGAUGUUGAACAUCACGGGAGGCUUUGUUGAUGAUUUCCUCUCACAUUUAAUGUGUUGCUGCUGUGCACUUGUCCAAGAAUGGCGAGAAGUCGAGAUCCGUGGGGUUUAUGGUCCUGAGAAGACAAAAAUAAGCCCUCCACCCUCUCAAUACAUGGAAUCCUAAGUGAUAGAAUGGAAGCGUUGUUCAGUGGUUUUAAAAUUUAUAUACCUUGGCAGCCAUAUAUAGGGCCAACAGUUAGUUGCAAGUGUUACAGGAAUUUGUAUUGGUAUUUCUGCCAUAAAUUUACCCAUAUGUACAUUAGCUGUCCGUGUCUUUUAAAUUCAGCAUAUUGUGUAUCUUAUAGACUAAUUUUUAGUGUUGUUUGAAUUGCUUUUAUCCAAUCUUGUAUGAUAAUUUUGUACGAUCGUGUCAAUAACCAUUGCCUGAAGGAUUUUGAUGGGAUCCAUAUAUUAUGGGUUGCCAAAAGCUAUUGUUCAGUGACACUUUUAACAGGGGUAAGAGGAGGACCACCUUGCCACUGGUGAACAGAAUAGAAUUCAUUA